AUGCAUGAAAAAGAAGAAUUAAAGCUAAGAGUUCAUGGCUAUAUCUCAGAGGUUGCCAGAAUUGAAACAUUAAUGGCAGCCAAGGAGCAAGAGAAUCGAGAGCUUCUAGAUCAGUUCAGAAUGAUGCACAGCCAGGCUGAAGAAUGGGAAGUUAAGGCACAAAACGCUGUAGGUGAGAGUAGCUCUGUAAAAAUGGAGUUACUAUCUGUUGAUACAGAUAGAAGACAUUUGCGAGAAAGAGUGGAAGACCUGGAGAGCGAAGUCCGAGAGCACAUGAAUGCUCACCAGGCUUAUGAAGCUCAGAUAUCAUCCAUGACUAAAGCAGUGUCCAAAUUAGAGGAGCAACUCCGACAUGAACUGGAUGAAAAGGCUUUGAUCCUGUCUGACUUGGCAUCAGUCAGAGAGCUGUGCGUAAAACUGGACUCUAGCAAAGAGCAGUUCUCCCGGCAGCUAACUGCUCGAAACAUGGAAUAUGAAAGACUCAUGGGUGAAUUGGAUGAUACAAAAUCAGAAACUGAACUUCUUAAGAAGCAAUUGGCUAGUGAGAGGCUUACUAUUAAGAACUUGGAAACUUUGCUUGCCACCAAUAGAGAGAGGGAGUUUCAGAGUCAUCUUACUACCCAUGAGAAGGACUCUGAGAUUCAGCUGCUGAAAGACAAACUUACCCUUUCUGAGAGUAAACUCAACUCCCAGUCUCGAGAAGUGGCUAUGCUCCGAAAUAAACUUACACAGUUGCAGUCUGACUAUGAUGUUGCAAGACGACAACUCACUACAGAAAAGUUUGAAAGGGAGCGAGCAGUUCAGGAAUUACGCAGACAUGGGCUUUCCACGUCAUCAUUGCGGUUCAUCACCACUAACAUCCACAAUGAAAUCACUUUCUCUAUCUCCAGAACGCUCCAUAUUAAGAUCUGUAGAUCGAGCCUCUGAUAAAACAGCAGAAAAAAGUGUGAGCUUUAAGGAAUGA